UACACACGUCCCAGGAACAAACUUCAGCAUCCAGUAUUUUUCUCCAUACUGGGUCUAAUUUUUUCCAACCGACUUUCCCAUAAUUGCCACUUUCUCUUUUUAAAAUGAAGAAGCCUGGGCCUUCUUACAUCUUGGGGAAAAUUACUUGAGUGGGACAAAGAGGAUAUAGAAUUUUGCUGGCGCCAGGAAAUGUCUUUCAGGACUCAAAUCCCUCCCGUAUAACGAUAGAGCCUUCCUAUAAACCAUUCUGUGUCCCUUUCCCUAAUCUCAUCAUCCUGCUCCUGUCGGGCACCCUCUGGGGCGACUGACUGGGACAAACUUCUGCUCUCCCUGGUAACCCUCCCCUACCAGGCCCCACUCCCCGCCAUCUCAGCCGUGGGCUCUCCCUGUUUAAGUGACUCGCACUGACACCCGGCGCCACGUCUGGUGAAGGGGGGCGGAUCCGCUUUCUGGAUGACUCAAGUCGUUGGUAUUUGCCUUUUGUUUCUGAAACGCUUUGGCAGCUCUUUUCUUCUCUCUGCUUUUAAUUUUGGGAAGAGAAAACCUAAUGAAUCGAGAAUGAGUCCGUUCUCCAAUAUCACCCCUUUUUAAAGUUGCUCUCUGCUCACAAGUUGCACAGCUCCCCGGGAUGUGCGGGGGCGAGGCAGGUGGCAGAGCAUUAACUCCACCCGAAUCUGAAGUUGACAGCCUACGGUGCCACUUUGGUGGGGAGACUUUCUGAAGCGUCCUUACAACCUACUGGGCGUUUGCUGCUGCCAAGGCACAUUUUCAGCUCACUUCCUUCUUCUGCUGCUUUGUGCUGUUCUAUCACGCCUAAACCUACCUCAUCACUGCCAAAGGUGCCCCGAAGCAGGGUGAAUUCCACGAGAUUCACCAGCGGUUUUGUUCCUGUCCGAGGGUCCUAGCCUCUUUGUUCACUGACUCCCGCUGCCCCUUUGGAGAUGACCUGAACCCACUCUGGGAUCUGAGAGGCUGGCGGGGCGUAGGCUGGGGGACGACCAGGUGUAUGGCCCUCCAUUUCCUACUCCUUCAAGAAGGUCGCCCGGCGGACCUAGAGAGACCUAACAAAAGAGGCGAGGAGGUGCCACCCAGGGCGGCGGCUGGAGAGGCGCAGGAGGAGGAGCGCGAAGCCGGGCGUCCGGACCGCCGUGCGUACUUUCUGGAAGGGAGGGCGGGGGAGUCAGCCUGGAGGGGGACGCCCGCGGGCAAGGGGCUUGCCAAGUUCCGGCCGCGGUGUCCCUCCUCCGCGCCCACGAGAGGAAAGUUUUCUCCAGGAGCUUCCGGCCGGCCCGCGCCCUCCGGGCCCAGCCCCCGAGCCUUCGGAGCGGGCUCCGUCCCAGCCCGGCUCCGGGCGCCUCAAGCCGCGAUGCCUGGGGGGUGCUCUCGGGGCCCGGCCACCGGGGACGGGCGGUUUCGGCUGGCGCGCCUGGCGCUGGUCCUCCUGGGCUGGGUCUCUUCGUCUUCUCCCACCUCCUCUGCGAGCUCCUCCACCGCCUCUGCAUUGUUCCCGGCUUCGGCGGCUUCCGCUCAGCCUCCUCUGUCGAGCCAAUGCCCCGCGCCUUGUGAGUGCUCCGAGGCGGCUCGCACCGUCAAGUGCGUGAACCGCAACCUGACCGAGGUGCCCGCGGACCUGCCCCCAUAUGUGCGCACCCUCUUCCUCACCGGCAACCAGCUGGCCUUGCUCCCCGCUGGCGCCUUCGCCCGUCGCCCGCCUCUGGCCGAGCUGGCCGCCCUCAACCUCAGCGGCAGCCGCCUGGGGAAUGUGCACGCCGCUGCCUUCGAGGACCUGCCCAGCCUGCGGCAGCUAGACCUCAGCCACAACCCGCUCGCCCACCUCAGCCCCUUCGCCUUCUCGGGCAUCAACGCCAGCGCCUCGACCCCCAGCCCCCUGGUGGAACUGAUCCUGAACCACGUGGAGACCCCUGGGGGCCCCGACCGGAACCGAAGCGUGGAGCGCAUGGUGGCAGCGGCCCUGCAGGAGCCCCACACACUUCGUGGGCUCCGUCGCCUGGAGCUGGCCAGCAAUCACUUUCUUUACCUGCCCAGGGAUUUGCUGUCCCAACUGCCUGGCCUCAGGCACCUGGACCUGAGUAACAAUUCCCUGGUGAGCCUGACCUACCUGUCCUUUCGAAACCUUACACAUCUAGAAAGCCUCCACCUAGAAGACAAUGCGCUCAAGGUCCUUCACAAUGGCACCCUGGCAGAAUUGCAAAGCCUGGCGCAUGUCAGAGUGUUUCUGGAGGACAAUCCAUGGGUCUGCGAUUGUCACAUGGUGGACAUGGUGAACUGGCUCAAGGAGACCGAGAUAGUGGAGGGCAAAGCCAGGCUCACCUGUGCGUUCCCGGAAAAAAUGAGGAAUCGAAUCCUAGUGGAACUCAACAUCUCUGACCUGGACUGUGAUCCUAUCCUCCCUCCAUCCCUGCAGACUUCUUAUGUAUUCCUGGGUAUUGUUUUAGCCCUGAUAGGUGCAAUUUUCCUCCUUGUUUUGUACUUGAACCGUAAGGGGAUAAAAAAGUGGAUGCACAACAUCAGAGAUGCCUGCAGGGAUCACAUGGAAGGGUAUCAUUACAGAUAUGAAAUCAAUGCGGACCCCAGAUUAACAAACCUCAGUUCCAAUUCAGAUGUCUGAGAAACAUUAGAGGACAGGAAAAAGGACAACUCUGCAUGAGGUGUAGACUUAAGCUUUAUCCUUACUAGGUUUGUUCCAUUUCUACCCUCCACUGUAGACACCACUGACUUUAAAAGCAGUGAAGGGGAUUUGCUUGUUAUGUUAAGUUUCUUGGUGUGUUCUGUUAAUGUAAGACAAUGAACAACUGUUCAGUGUUUUGCCCUCCUCUUGGAACUGCUCAACACGUGUGGAAGGACUUUGAAGUUUCAGCAUGAACAUGGACUCCUUGCUGUCUUGUCUCUCUUAGUACAUUUCAAGGUGUAGCACGUGUACUUGCACAGAUAGCAUUCAACAAAAGCUGCCUCAACUUUUUUGAGAAAAAUACUUUAUUCAUAAAUAAGUUUUAUUCUCAUGUACCUAAAUUGUGGAGAAAAUAAUUGCAUCCCAUAAACUGCCAGCAGACCUUAGCAAGCUCUUAAAAAUAACUCCGUAGUGCACAAGAGCACCUGCAUCCAAGAGCAUGCUUACAUUUUACUGUUCUGCAUAUUACAAAAAAUAACUUGCAACUUCAGAUUACUUCGUUGACAAAGUAAUUACUUUUUUGAUUGCAGUUUAUAUGGAACUAUUGAAGUUUUUUUUUGUAAACUGCACGGAGAUCCAACAAACUGAAUUGUUAAAAACAUCAAUAAAGAUUCUUAAACGAAUUA